AUGCGCGUGUGGUCUCAGAUGCAGAUGCCAGAAGUGGAAGUGGAAGGGUUGACUUCAAUCGUCCCAGAUGGAGCCGACGCUUCGAGCAUUCACUCCAGGCAUCUGGCCAACUUGUUGCAAACUUCCACGGCUCCUGAGGUCGGCCGAUGCAGACUCUGGAUCGAUGAAGCCGAGAGGUGUUUUGCCGAGGCGACGGUCCAGGCGUUUGCAUUGGGACUUUGCACCCGUGCAUUUGUUGCAGGCACGAACGAAGCUGUUGACGUUUGGGUCUGCGGACGACGUGGGCGCCACAGACUUCAAGCCACGGUCGUGGAACGUUGUGUGCUGGCAAGUCCGGUCCUUGAAACAAACUGCUCAGCACAUCUCAGCACUUUGGGACAGCCUGCCUGUGCCAAGGGCAAGUAUGGCUGGAUCAGGGUGGGCCCAGGUGUCCGAGCCGAGGUGAACACAAGAAAUUUGAUGCCUGGCGACGUCGUAAAAUUCAAUCUCUAUGAGGUGCCAGGCUUCCGCUUUCUGCUCCUGGCCGCCGAUGUCCUCAUGCUGCUGACAUCCCAGCGAGACAUCUGGCUGCUCCUAGUCGUGGUCGUCCUCCCCGGCCUAGUGGAUGCAGUCCUCGCCACCUCCAUGGCUGUGCCGAUGCUUCUGCUGGGCCCACUCGGCUGGCUACUGACCAUCCUGAACAUGCUCGGCGGUCUGGUGAUUGUGCCCUUCUUGCACUUUGCCUUCCGCCUGGCUCAGUACCUGCUGGGUGAGCUGGACCUUACGGGGGAGAGCCGGCGCGACUACCUCAAGGAGGUGGAGGCUGCCGUUGCCUGGGCAGAGGAGCACCCGAAGACCCUGGGCAGCGACGGGCGGCUGGUCCUUUGUGGCUACUCCUCUGGGGGCCAUGUGGCGGCCCUGUACGGCUUAGAGCACUGCGUGGCGCCGAAGAAUGGCCGGCGACGGUUCGAAGCAGUGAUCCUGGUUUCAGGCAUCUACGACCUUCGGACCCAGUGGGAGGACGCACGCCGGUUCCUGGCGCCGGUGAUGAACCUGCUUUUCAAGGACAUAAUCGGCGCAGACACGGACGCGAAACGCGCAGCUUCGUCACCCGCGGCUCUGGUGCAAUCCUCGCAGCAGAAAGCCUUGGAUCCUGAUUGCCAUUGGUGGAUACUGAAUGCGCGGACGGAGCUCUUGGGCUUGCCCCUGUUGGAAGACAUCCUCUUCGCAAGUAGCGGGCUGCACGAGGGUCUGAAGGCGAAAGGCGCCACGGUGAAGCGCGCGGAAUGUGGCCACAACCACUGGCUCCUGGUGUUUGGCUUUCCGGCCUUUGCGGCUGCCUUCUCUGAGACGCUCAAGGGGAAGGAGAGAGAUGAGGAAGAGGAGAAUGAGGAAGAUGAGGAAGAUGAGGCCGAGAAGGAUGCGAAGUGA